AUGACCCUCUGCAUCUGCUCCGCCGGCGUAUCAUGCAUGAUCCGCUCGCCCUCUGCUCCAUGGUGGUGGCCAUCUGCGCUCUGCGCCCGCCCGCCCUCAUUCCUCUCAGCUGUGGAGCGACGACGUGCAAACGUGGAAGUGAUAAUGCCGAUGCCUGACCUUGACGGAGGUGUUCUACAUUCAUCAUCUGGGUCAGGUGCAGCUGCCACGGCUUCCUCAGCUAGUCCAGAUGUUGCAACACUAGUUGAGAGGGCUAUUGCAAAGCUACCUCCAGAGCUUGCUGCCCAAGCUGUUGACACCAAGAGGAAGGCAAAAUCACAAGAUCCAGGAUGGAAGUAUGGGUGGUGGCCAGAUGCUUCGAAGAAGGAUUUUGUGCAGUGCAUAUUUUGCAAAAAGAUUGUCCCCUCUGGAAUAAAAAGAUUCAAGCAGCACCUUGCCGGGGGGUAUGGAGAUGCAGUUGGAUGUCCUAGUGCUCCAGAAGUAGUUAAGAAGGAGAUGGCUGAUUACCUGAAAAAGAACUCAAGAACUAUUCUAGCUUUGAAUCCUACAUUAGGUGAAGAUGAAGAGCAACAAGAUGAUGCUACUGCUGCAGAAGAACCAGCAGUUGUACCAGAACCAAGCUCUGGAACAAAAGUCAAGCAAAAGAAGAGGAUUGCUCAGGCUGCCAUCUCUUCUUUCACUGUCACUGCUGCACCAAAACCAGCCACUCAAAAAAUGUCCAGAUCAGUGAGCUCAAUGCUUUGCAAGUCACCGGAAGAAGUAGUUGAAGAGAGGCACAGAUCCAAGCAUAGUCAACCUACACUUGAGCAUUGCACAAAGAAAAGUAAGGAGGCCAAAGUAGUUGUUGAUGAUCAUGUUGCAGAUUUCUUCUAUGAGAAUCGCAUUCCAUUGAAAGUCAUUAAUUCUAGAAGCUGGGAAGUUUUGAUUGAGUCAAUUGGACAAUACGGCCCUGGGUACCGCUCACCAUCAUAUCAUGAUAUAAGGGUACCACUGCUUGAAAAGGCUGUGAACAGGACAUCAGAGUUGAGGAAGAAGCAUGAGGAGGCUUGGAAGGAAUAUGGCUGCACCAUAAUGUCCGAUGGGUGGACUGACACAAGCCAUCGCCAUCUCAUCAAUUUCCUUGCUAACAGUCCAGCAGGGACUUUCUUUCUAGGGUCUGUUGAUGCUUCAAGUGAGAUAGCAAAUGGACCAUUGUUGGCUGAUUUGUUGGAGAAGCAAAUAGAUAAGGUUGGGAAGGAACAUGUGGUACAGAUUGUCACUGACAAUGGAGCCAACUUCAAGGCUGCAGGGAGGCUUUUAAUGGAGAGGAUCCCACAUCUAUUUUGGACACCAUGUGCUGCCCAUUGCUUGGAUUUGUUAUUAGAGGACAUUGGGAAGAUCAAGGAAUUCAACACUUGCAUCAACAUGGCAAAGAAGGUGUGUAGGUUCAUGUACAAGCAUGGGAGGAUUCUAGAUCUCAUGCGAGAUAAGAUUGGAGGAGAUCUUGUGAGGCCAGCUAUAACUCGCUUUGCCACUUCAUUUCUCACAUUGGCAAGCAUGCAUAAGAACAAGACUGGAUUGAGGAAUUUAGUGGUUAGUGAGGAAUGGCAAGCUACCAAUUUCUCUAGCACUACAGAAGGCCGGCAAGUUGAGAACAUUAUCCUUUCAAUGCCAUUUUGGAAUAAAGUGGAAUUAUGCAUAAGAGCUACACAGCCACUUCUUGUUGCUCUUAGGAUUGCAGAUGGAGAUGAGACACCUGCGGCUCCUGAGAUUAUGGCAGCCAUGGAUCAUGCAAAGGCUGCAAUCAAGGAUUCUUUGAAAGACAAACCAAAUUUACUCAAAGAGGUACUAGAAUAUUUUGACAAGAGAUGGGAAAACCAAAUGGAGCAGCAGUUGUAUGGAGCAGCCCUAUACUUGAAUCCAAGCAAGUACUUUGCCAUAAGGGAAAAAGAUAGGAGACAAGCCACAAAGCUGAGAAUUAUGUUUAAUCAAGUUAUGUGGAAGAUGGUGAGUGAUGAUGAGGACCAAAACAAGAUAAGCAAGCAAGCAGAUGACUAUGAGAGGUCUGAAGGCCAAUCCUUCUCAAAGCCAGGAGCAAUAAGAGACAGAGAUAGAAAAAAUCCUAUUCUUUGGUGGGGUGCAUAUGGUGGCCUGACAUAUGAACUUCAAUGUUUAGCAAAAAGGAUUGUUAGCCUUUGUUGUUCUGCAUCUGGAUGCGAGCGUAAUUGGAGUGAAUUUUCUACUAUCCAUACAAAAAAGAGAAACCGGUUAGAGCACAAAAGGUUAAAUAAGUUGGUAUAUGUCAGCUACAACCGCAAGAUGGAAAACAGAUUUAAAAACAUUAGAGAGCUGGGUUCCAAAGGAAAGCGAUCAAAUCCACUCUUGCUUGAUGAAUUUCAUUGGGAAAAUGAAUGGGUCAAUGACAAUUGUGAACCAGUUCAUGAAGGUGCUGCCAAUGCUAUUACUUGGGCUAAUGUGGAUGAUGCUAUUGGUGCAACUCAGGGUCUAGAGGGCCGUAACUUGCCUAGGGCUGCUGCUGCUCGUACUGCUAUUCCUGCCCCUGUGAGGCGUACUUAUGCUAGGAAGCGUCCAAGGAACACAGUGGCUCAAGAUCUUGAUGAAAUAGAUGAUGAAGAACAAGAUCAGCAAGUAGAAUCUGAUUCAGCAACACCUAUGGAUGAGGAUGAAGAAUCUGCACCACCACCAACAGCAACUGCAGAUGGACAUGGAGGCUUCCAUUUCAAUGAUGAUUUGCUUUAUUAG